CCGUAAACAUCCGCUAAUGGCAAAUACAUGCUAAAAAUAACAAAAAAUGACACUAACCAAGAUUGUAUUAGUUGUUUAGUGGUGUCGGUGAGAGGCUAGACGUAGGAUAUUAAAAAAUGACUGAAGCCGCUUUAGAGGAAGUGUCAGUGUUAUCCGCUAUUUACUGUGGAGAAGGAGAAUUUAAACUCAUCCAACAGUCUGCUCACGAUGGGAUUAUGGUCCAAAUCAGCAGUUCUGUUAGAGGUCACAGCGUGAAUCUGUUGUUCCACAUGCCCCCAGGUUACCCCGCCUGUCCCCCAGACAUCUCGGUCUCUUCCUCUGGUCUCUCUAGGACUCAGUGUCACAGCAUCAGACAGAAGCUGCUGGAUCAGGCUGCAGCUUUACCGCCAGAUGAACCUAUGGUCCAUCAGCUUGUUGAGUGCUUACAGAGUGUGGAAGUGACAGAAGCCCACAGAGGACAUGAGCAGGAGGUGAGACCCAGUGAACAGGAGCAGGGGGAGGAGGAGUGGACCGCCGUGCUGGCGCUGGACCACAUGCGGUCUCGGAACCGGUACAUCACACUACUGGAGCACUGGAGCAAACAGCUGCAGUUAACUGGGACGUUAUUACUGGGACGAAAUAUACUGAUAAUUCUGCAGGGAUCCAGAGCCAGCAUCAAGGAGUUCUGCUGCCUUUUAAAGACAGUCAAAGUGGACGUGGAUUCCUCAGGCAAGAAAUGCAAAGAGAGAAUGAUGAAGGUUCUCACUGAAGCUCCUUCGUUGUCAUCCCAUGAACAUCGUCUGCAGGGUUUUGUAGUGAAGGACUACCAGUCUGCAUCAGAGCUGACUGCAGCCUUCCAGGAAGUCCAUAUGAUGGACGUCUACCAGCAGAUCCUGUUGUCAUUGUGAGACUGAACAGAAACUGACAUGGAGACAGAAAAUGGACCAAUGGACUCAUCAUCUCAUUGCUGAUGCCUCUUAGAAGUGUUUGGUUUUAAGUAAAAUCAUGGACCGAUAUGGAUGAACACACCAAAUCUAGUUGUUAUAUUGACACUGGGCCUUUCACAACUAUCAAGUAUUUGUCUUUAUGCAAAAAUUUAGGUUAAUCACAUUUGUUAGCAUGAUUGUGAUAAUUGUCUAUACUGACUUGUAUAAAACAGCUCAAUUAAAAUUUAAACAUA